UCGAACCAUGCCCUAGUCAGACAAAAGCGGAUAUUAUUUUUGUAAUCGACUCGUCGGACAGCAUCACCGAUCAUCACUACAUCAAAGCUCUCAGCUUUCUAGCACAGCUUGUUGACGAUUUCCAGUUUGGCGACGAGGAUGUGCUCUUUGGGAUGGUAAUUUAUAGCUGGAGUGUGCAGAAGAUAUUUGACUUGAAUACUUUUAAUAACACGGAGGACAUAAAGAAGGCCAUACUGGCAGCCCCACACUUCAAGAGCUCCACUCUAACCCACAAGGCCUUUGACUUUGUGAAUCAGAACAAUAUGUUUGGUACAGAACAUGGGGGUCGGGACAAUGCUACGGAUAUCCUCGUGCUAAUGACGGACGGGAAGUCUGGAUACAAGGAUCUCA